UUUACAAGAUAAAUCAAAUACUACAAAAAAACGGACACCUUGAACCACCGCCCUCCAUCUUCCUCUCCGUCUCGGCGAACUACGUAGCUGGACCUCUGUCUUCCUCUCCGUCUCGACGAUUCUGCUUUUCAUUCCAUCUCUCAAGAGCUUCAUCCCCCUGAAGGUUGAUGGAGCGCGAUGAGGAGCGUUGGAAAAAGUUCAAAGAAGAUCAGUGGAAACGUUUACGAGAUAUUGAACAACAGAAUGUCGCGGAGAUGACAGAUUUGGAAAUUUUGGCUGGCAAACGCAGGAUUAAGUUGCAAGCUGGUUUGUAUUUGUCAAUAUUUAUUUAGCUUACUUUAAAAAGUUGAAUGUGUGAAUAGAAACUAAUUUUUUGGUCAGUAUUUGGCCCACCUGUUAAAAUUGAUUAAAUAAUUUCAAACUGAUCUUUUUAGAUUUGCUCAACUUAUCUGUAAUGACCCAUAUAAUUAUGGUCAAAUAAAAUUGUCAAUUAUAUAGCUAAUCCACCAGUUUGUCGAGAUUGAAUGGUUUUGGCAAUAUUGCUUGUGGUGGGGAUGAGGCACAGUGUCCGAUGGUUCAUGAAGAAACCAAACUUUGACAAGGCAGAAUGGCAGAUGUUGAUGAUAAUUGAUGGCUUGGUAUUAUUUUGAACAGAAUAUUAAUAUUGUGCCUGUUUAAGUUUUUAAGAUAAGGAGGCUACUUAGAACUUGCAUUAAUUUGUUAAUGUUUUUUGAUAUUUUGCUGGUUAAUAUUUUUCUGUGUUGUCUACCUGCUGAAUAAAUGUUUCAUGUGAUCUUUUGUCACAAGGGAAGCAGCUGCCAUGGUAUUGAUGAUACCAUCAUCAUGUAAAAGUUUCCUAAUAAACUAACUCUAAAUGAUAUUGAUCCUUACAUCAUUAUAUCCAAUCUUGAUCUCCAAAAUGAUAUGCAGCAGUGUACCUGAGGUCUUUUAUGCUGAAAACUCGACGUAAAUGCGACUUGCAGACUAAUCUCAGAUUUCUGAGAAAUAAAGUAAGAUCACUAAGAGACUGAGUGAAGCCCAGGAAUUGCAGUUCUUGGAGGACAAGCUAAUAGUUCCCAGUCAAGUGGCACUUCAUUAAAGAUGUUCCAAACUCAAACUUCCGGCACAUCAUUUUAGAGAACAAUGAAAACAAACCAGUGACCAACAGCAGGGACACUCAAGAGUCAUCUAUAGGGCGGUGUUGGAUGCUCCAUUAAUUGCAGAUUGCAAGAAUGCAUUUGGUAUAAAGGAUGAUACAGAAGUCAAAAUAGAAGGAGAUGCUGAACAGGAAAAGAGUGCUGUUAAUAGAAGCUUACAGAUAACAACAGUACACAAUGAUGCAGAGCAGAAAACAAGUUUUUCUCUUCCUGCAACACCUUUACAGAUUUGCGGUUCAUCAAUUCAGCCUUUUUCAUCUAAGAGCAAGAAACCACCGCGUUCUUCACUUCUUUCCAUUCGAGGAUCCUCCUCAGGAAUAUAUGGUACUCCAAGGUUUGGAAAGCUGAAUUUUAUUCAGCCUCUAGCCAACAUCCAUGACCGGAUAGAGGAAAUGCCAGAGAUACUCCAGAGAAAUGCUUCUCCAAACAGUGGUGCCAAGUCUGGUUCUCCAAACAGUAAGAGAGUUUCUCCUCCUCAUUCCAUUGGAUUGUCUCCUGGACAGAGAAGCAGCCAAGCUCCUGAAACAGGUGAAAGCAAGGCGAUUUCUCAAAAACUAUGAAAAUCAAUAUAUUUGGCCUCGCAUAGAACCUCUCGAGAUGAAUGGCAUCCUUAAGUCGCCUAUAAAGGAAGAUGCAGAACUGGAGAAGAAUAUUGAUGAAAAUAAUUUAGAGAAGGUCCCUAUUUCCAAGGAUCAGGUUUUGACGGACAAAGAAGUCAAUGAAGUAAUUGUGAAACCUUGUGAUACAUCUGCGGCAACAAAAAAUGUAGAACGCAAAAGUGGUCUUCUAAAAAUCGGUUCACUCAGUAUCAACCUGAAGAAGGCUGGUUGCGAGACUGCGGCUGCUAAUCCUGGUGCUAUUGGCUCUGUCCUUUCCCCUUCCUCUACCUCUGCGACAGUUACUGCCAAACAAGUUAAUUUUGUAACUGUAGGUUCAAUGCUUGUCACACUGAAGAGUGAAUGAAUGUUUUGGAAUUUUCUUCUCAUUGACAAUUGUCUGUACUAGCAAAUAUAACAUUACCAGUGCUUUGAAGCAUUAAACAUUUGGAGCAUUCUCUAUUAUGAAGUCACCUUAAUCACUAGAUUUUCUGAUAUUUACUGUAAAGAUUUCUUUUUUAAAAAAAAUAUAAAUAAAUUUUGCUACC